AUGCAACGCCUGAACCAUCUUGCAAGGUCACUGAGCGGAGGAUUGGUACGGCAUGAUACACCUGAAGACUCUUUCCCCCUUGCAGAGAACAAGACCAUCUUCCAAGCCUUCGAAUGGUACCUACCUGGGCCUCAAGACGACUCCGACAACAACCCCAGCCACUAUACGCUCCUAACAUCUCUCUUGCCUCACCUGGCUACACUUGGAAUCACUCAUCUUUGGCUCCCACCGGGCUGCAAAGCUACGUCUGUCCACGACAACGGAUACGGCAUCUACGAUCUGUAUGAUUUGGGCGAAUUUGACGCCAAACGUAACGGCCAACCUUCAAGAACGAAAUGGGGAAGCAAGGACGAGCUGCAAGUCUUCUGCCAGGCCGCCAAAGAUCACCGGAUUAGUGUGCUGUGGGACGCGGUAUUGAACCACAAAGCUGCCGCUGACGACAAGGAAGUCAGUCACGCCGUCAAAGUUGAUCCAAAGGCAGACCGCACCAAGACCACAACCCGGCCAUUUGAAAUCGAAAGUUGGACAGUGUUCACUUUCCCCGCCAGGGGUUCCAAGUACUCGGACAUGAAAUGGAACUGGAAGCAUUUUACAGCAGUGGACUACGAUUCGCGGAAGAAAGAUCAUGGGGUGUUCAUGUUUGUCGGAGAAGGCAAGAAGGGAGAGUGGGCGACUGAUGUGAGCAAAGAAUUAGGAAACUAUGAUUAUUUAAUGUUUGCUGAUAUCGACCAUUCGCACCCCGCUGUACGUUCGGAUAUAAAGAACUGGGCUACCUGGAUCUCGUCGACGCUGCAACUAGGUGGCAUGAGAUUGGAUGCGAUCAAGCAUUACUCUCUAUCCUUCCUACAUGAGUUACUUCAGCAUCUCGACACCACCACCCCCCGAGGCACAGAUCUGUUCUUUGUCGGGGAAUACUGGGACGCGAACUCGGAGGCGUUGCAGAAGAUCGUUGAGAAAUUCCAAGGGAGGUUAAAUCUUUUUGAUGUUCAACUUGUGUACAACUUCAGCGAUAUAUCGAAAGGGAGGAAUUUGGAUCUGAGAACCGUGCUCGAUGGCUCGUUAGUCGAAAGGACCCCUCGACAUGCAGUGACUUUUGUACAGAACCACGACACUCAAGAGUUGCAAUCGUUAGCUGCGCCCGUGGAAGAGUGGUUCAUCCCGAUGGCGUACGCCAUCAUUCUGCUCCGACAGGGAGGAACGCCUUGCGUGUUUUGGGGAGACGUUUUUGGCAUCCACGGCCCUCGACCGAGGUUACCGGCGUGUGGCGGCAAACUGACAAGACUGGUCGUAGCGAGGAAACUCUACGCAUACGGUCAAGAAAGAGACUACUUGGACUCGGACGACUGCAUUGGAUGGACCAGGUCCGGCCACAAAACCAAGUCGAACGGUGCGGGCUUGGCUGUGCUCAUGACGAACUCCUGGGAUCGAAAGUCCAAGCGGAUGUUUGUUGGACAAAAACACGCCGGAGAGACGUGGAGGGACAUUCUCGGAUGGGAACUAGAUGUUGUGAUUGAUAGGACGGGCUUUGGCAAGUUUUCGGUCGGCCAUCGCUCAAUUGGGGUGUGGACUCAUGAGAAAGCCCCGGGCCUUGAGGGGUUGAGGAAAUUCACGUUUCCAAGGCAGAGCCACGGUGUACCUCCUAUAACAACUCUGCCAGUCUAG